UCACGUGCGGGAAUAUUCAAUGGAAGAAAUUCUAGUGUUGAAUUUAUUUCGAAUUUCUUUUUUCCCAUUUUAUUAUAAUUUUAUUUAAAGAAUAAAUGAGAAAAAAAAAUUGUAACCGAAUUUGUGGAACUCCAGGGGAAUUCGUGUGGAAAAAUAUAAAAAAUAAAAUAUUUUUUUCGAUGGACUUUUCGAAUUUAUAGAUCUGAAAAAUGGAGAAUCGUCCGAAGACGAGUGGUCGUCCCCCGUCUGAACGUCCAUUGCACCAUUGGCGUCAGGAAGACGAUGAUCCACCACCGGGAAGACCUCAGACGGGAAGACCUCAGACUGGUAGACCGCAGACCCGAGUGGAACGUCCGGUGUCUCGAAGAGGAGUUCAGAACGAAUCAUCUCAUGAAUCGAGUGCAGGUAGAGCUGUGACUCCAGCUAGGAACUCGAUGAGACCCCCAUCAGCUUCUGUAUUCUCUGGAAGAGGCAGUACUGCUGGUGGACGACUCAACACCAUGGGAAUGACGAGGAUAAAUACUGGACUUCCACCGACUGCUCAUGCCAAUUCUGGAAUGAUGGAGAGACCUGUUACGCAGCAGGGAAUAGCAGGUAUCAGACCUGGAACUACUCGUGGAUUAACCAGGCAGAUACAAGACAAGAGAUACUACGAGGGUCUAGUCCAGAUAAAAAUCCGAGAGCUCACCCAGGAGAUAUCGACGAUAACCCGAGAAAUUGACACCCAGAAUAAAGAAAGAGCGACUUUCCUGCACUACGACGAUCGUGCAAAGCACCUGGCAAGUGAAUUAACAGAUCUCCAGGGUCAGCUGGCAGAUUAUAACAUCGUAAUCGACAAGGUCACCUCAAACAUUGAUAAAGAAUCGACGGAGCAAGAGGCCCUGGACCUCCAGAGACUGAACGACAAGGCAACCGAGGAAAUCGAAAUGCUUUUCGAGCAGCGAAGGCUGAAAGAGCAACAGCUGAGGCGAAUGGAGGAGAAAAUCGACCUGGAGCAAAAAAAAGAGGAGAGAAUCGUGGAGGGGAUGAGCACAGAGGUUCGCUCCAAGUACGAGAAACUCAUAAACCUGAGGAAUGGACUCGAGGAUGAGAUAACUCAAAUGCAGAAGGAAAUCGAUCAUCUUUCCACAGAAAAGCUCAACCUCGAGGAGGAAAUUGCCCUGUCCCAGGUGAAACAGGAAGCUGUAAAGCUCCGGGUGAGGAUUUCUGAGGUCGAGGAGAAGAGGAAUCGACUCCAGGAGGAGCAGAGAAAUAAAUUAUCACCUGAGGAGGAGCGCGAGAAGCUUCUGGCUAAAGUUAAACAGGACAAUAUGGAUAUUGUUGCUGCUGAGAAAAAGAUUGAUGAUGUGAAAAAGCAGAUUGAUCAGAUUGAGAUGGAGAUGGAGCAGUUGGAUGUGGAUAUGGAGGAGAAUCACUCGGAGAAGCAGGUGAAGUACAAUGAAUUGAGGAAGAGGGAGGAGGCAAUCGAGCAAUUUAUGCCGACAUUCGAUCAGAAUAAAGCUGAGGAGACGGAUAAGAUAAGGAGUUGUGAGGAGAGUAUUGUGGAAAAAUUGAAGAGACUUGCAUUUGCCAUUGACAAUGAGUCUGGAGUAUUUGGAAUUGAUGAAAUUGCCCUUCUCGAUGUUUACUCCAAUGAGGAAAAUAACCACCAGAGCUUUCUCGAUCUCUGCCAAGAGCACGCCAAGCUCCAACAGGCUUUCAGGAAGAUGGAGGGCCUGGAGAAAAAAAUGAAAGCUGAAUUAGAGGAGUUGUUCGAGAAAAUUCGAACGAGGGAGAGUGAGCUCGUGGUUCUCGAGGAUUUGGAGGGACUUAAAAUGCGGUCUCAGGAGCAGUACGAGGAAUUGACGAGCAGGAAAGAGGAAUUGAAGGGGCGACUGCCGAUUUUGGAGAGGGAAUUGAAUUCUGUCAGGAGGGAGCACCAGAGUCUCAAGCAGGAGUUGGAUAAGAAUGAGAUUUAUGUGCAAAUUAGUGCUCUCGAGGAGAAGUACGAAAAGUUGAAGGGGGGAAAUGAUGACGUAGAGAGGUUUAUUAAUGAGGGAAAGAACAGAAUGAAUUAUGCACCUCUGAGGGAAAAAGCUUUUUCACUUGUGGAGAGUUAUAAUGGGUUUCUCAAAGAGAAUCCCAAGUCGGUGUAUUAAUUUUGAAUUGAUGUAAUCAAUUAUUUUUCCAAUCUCAAACUUUCAAAUAGAAUAAAAAAUGAUAAUUUCGAUAGGGAGGAAUCAGA